ACUUUGAUGGGUACGAAGAAUAAUGUACAUAUAGAAAUUGUUUUACUUUCAAUCAAUUGGCUUUGAUUUCAAAAGUUGUUUUGGGGGAUUGGGGUCAUGGCUACAACAGGUUGGGUUACAAGCACCUGCUGAAAGCAAUAAUAUUAAGUUGUGAAAUAUGCCUUUCGGUGAAUGUAGCCUACUUGUACUCACUGUCUCAAAUUGCACCCUGGAUUGCGAACUUGUUUUGCUCACAACAAACUCCUCCAAAGAUGCCUUAUUGUUCUAAACCAGUUAUGCAAAUUAUGUGAUGUCAUACUGGUAGUAUAAGGUCUCAUAGACCAUGGCUAUUAGCCAAUCAGGGUAUACGGGUAUGACGUCACAUAACUUGUACUGCUCUGAUUGCUCCACGAUUCAUCAUGCAUAUGAACAGCUCAAGGCGACUGCGGAUCUCGAGUGUUUGCUGGCUCACUCUCUUCAAGAAGUGUUUCGUUUUACACAAACGUUGAUGUUCGUUCGUGUUUCUACGGAUGUCAGUUAUAUAGAAAUGACUCCAACUGCUUGCUAAAGCUAGCUUUAAACCCCUGGUUCUAAUUGUUGUUGGCUAUACAUGGUUGAAUAUACAUAAUUUAAACUUAUUAAACAAUAAAUGGAGUCAGUGGUAGGACAAUAAGCUUUUUCCAAAUCAUCUGUAACUAUUGUUACACAUUUAGUACGGAUGAAUGCAUUUUACACGUACAAUCACGCUAAUUUAGUUGUCUGGAAUACCCCUAAGGAGAGUGUUUGGGAUGGGGCUUGGUGGCCCAGGUUUAGGUUUACUGACAGUUAUGAGCAGAAUGCUCAUGGAAUCCAUGGAUGUUUGCACCAUGCUGCUUGUAAAAACGACUUUACACCAGGGCCCACAUGGCUGUGGUCAACACUAGUACAAAUCUAUGUUGAGGGAUAUUUUAGUCUCGACGUCGCGUUUCCUUUCAUACCAAGUAAGUUAGGGGCGGGCUGGUAGAAAACGGCAUGUCCCAGAGAUCUCUGCAACAGUUUAACUUGAACAAGGGUUAGGGGAACAUGGCACCGCCGUCAAGCCAGGCAUGUGCUGCUGUGGAGCGGUCAAUCCGGGAGAGGGUCCCGCCGCUUCUUACCGACCUCUACCAAUUCACCAUGGCUUAUGCCUACUGGCGGGCAGGCAGACACAACGAACCCGCCGUAUUCGAGCUGUUCUUCCGCGACAACCCGUUCGGAGGAGGCUUCUCGCUUUUCUCCGGACUUCUCGACUGUCUCCUGUUUCUGCGGAGCUUUAGAUUCUCGGACGAAGAUUUGGAGUACCUACGUUCAGUACUGCCCCCAGCCACUGACCCCGCCUUCUUCGUGUUUCUACGGGAAUUGGACUGUUCUAAUGUCACAGUCCGCUCUGCCCCAGAGGGAACCGUGGUCUUCGCCAGGGUACCUCUGAUGGAGGUUUCUGGUCCUCUGGCUGUUGUUCAACUACUGGAGACCAGCCUACUGUGUCUGGUUAACUAUGCCAGUCUGGUGUGCAGUAAUGCUGCCCGUUUCCGUAUGGCUGCUGGCUCCAGGAGGAAGCUCUUAGAGAUGGGCCUGAGGAGAGCCCAGGGGCCUGACGGUGGCCUCACAGCCUCAAGAUACGCAUACAUUGGAGGCUUUGAUCUUACCAGUAAUGUCCAGGCUGGCUUCCUGUUUGGUGUCCCUGUGGCGGGAACCAUGGCACAUUCCUAUGUAACUUCCUUUUCUUCCCUGGAGGAGGUCUGGCCUCAUACGCUAAUGACCGCAAAUGGGGACCAUGAAAGCAUCGAUCUUAUCUCACUGACCAAGGGUUGGCUGCGGCUUGUGUGUGAGCUGCUAGGGGCGGAACCUGGGAAGAUCCGUGAGGGCGAGCUGGCCGCCUUUCUGUCCUACGCCGUUGCCUACCCACACAACUUCCUGCCAGUCAUUGACAGCUACAGCGUCUCCUGUAGUGGCCUGCUGAACUUCUGUGCAGUGGCCUUAUCUCUGUUUGAGCUGGACUACAGACCACUUGGUGUCCGUCUGGACAGUGGAGACCUCUGCAGGCAGUCAGUGGAAGUACGCCGUGUCUUCAGACUCUGCAGCGAGCGAUUCUCCAUCCCUGCUUUCCAUUCUCUCACCAUUGUGGGCACCAAUAACAUCUCGGAACAUGGCAUGGCUGAACUCAACCUGAAGGAGAAUGAGAUCGAUGUGGUUGGUGUUGGGACACAUCUGGUCACUUGCACAAGACAGCCUUCCCUCGGGUGUGUGUACAAGUUGGUGGAGGUUCGGGGCAGCCCCAGAAUGAAGUUCAGUGAGGACCCUGAGAAAAGCACAGUCCCUGGGAGGAAGGCCAUCUAUAGAAUGCUGGAUACGGAAGGCCAUCCGUUUCUGGACCUGUUGUGUCUGAGGGAGGAGCCUGCCCCUACUGCGGGUGAGGCGGUAAAGUGUCAUCCAGUGGUUGGGGACCAGACCUGUCAAUCAAUCACACCUUCUCAGGUCACCUGUCUACGUCUGGAUGUUUACAUUAAAGGACAGAUCAGUCAACCAAUGUGCAGCACAGCUGAGACCAGGGAGAAAGUUCAGCACUCCAUCCAGAACUUGCACCCCCGUUACAAGAGACUGGAGGAGCCAGACACCUAUACAGUGGCGGUGUCUGAGAAACUCCAUAACUUGAUUGCUGAGAUUAGAAAAGACAGCAGCAACGACAGCAACUUUCUUCUGGCCAACUGACACACUAGUGGCACCCUUUUUAUUGUGUGCACUGAUUAUGACCAGUGUAUUGCACUGGCUAAAAGGUAUAGCACUAAAUAUGGAAUCGGGUGUCAUUUGGGAUGAACCCUUGCACAGAGGGAGGGAUUAAUAGUAAUAUUAUUUUUAAUCUUCCUCUUGUGUUUCCUACUUCCUGAUUUGUCCUAAUUCUAGGGUCUAACCAGACUAAUCAGGUCACACCAUCAGUUUUAUGAUGGCAACUCAACCUAGCCUACUACUGGGUCACUUUCAUGCCAACUCAUUGGUUCACAGAGAUGGAAUUAGCAGAGACUUAAGCUGAUCUUGGAUCAUCGUUAUAUUAGUAAGAUUUUAUAACAUCCACUAAAUAUCUAAACCUGUGUUUAGUAUUAAAAACAUUUGAUAAUGAAGAAGGUGCUUCCUGAACAUUUCCAAUAGAAACAUAAUUUUUGUUUGUUUUUGAAGAAAAUGUUAUUACUAUCAUCCAGUUUCCUCCCACUAAACAGUACCCUGACCUUUUUAGUGGUGAAUAAUAAAGGUUUAGGGUGGGAACAUACAGUAGGAAGACAUUUUAAAGGAUAAAUUGUGUUAGUUUCAGAUUACAGGACUGGUAGCAUGACACAAAAUCUGUCAAACCUUAACCAAAGUCAUACUGUUUUGGCUAAAUUGACUAACAAAUAAGGGUAAGUAUGGUAGAACUCAAAUCUGUUGUAAGCUGUGAGUAGUGAUGUAGUUUUAGUAUAGUUGAAAGAAGCUUAAAAUCUUUUCAUAGAAUUGUGUUUGAAUUGGCCUUGAUUAUUGUCUACAAUAUUCAUGAAGAACAGUAUUCAUGAAGAAUAUAUACAAUACCUAUAUUGUAUACACGUUCCAACUAUUUUGAAUAUUUUCAGUGUAAAUGUUUGACAAAUGUUUUGUGCUCAAACUAUUAAAAACAUUAAUAAUAUUGUUUAUUUGACAUUUGAGCUUAGCAGAUCGCCACAAAGACACCAGUGCCAAAUAUUCAUGUAGAAUUGAAACACAACUUCCUCUUGCAAUUAAAAAAAAAAGUACAAUAAUUGUUAAUUUAGAAUUAUAUUGUUGUUGUGCUGUCAUUUCAGGAUACCAUCUUAUUAAGUAUUUUCAAGUAAACACAAUAAAUAGGUUACAGAGUUCAGGCAAUCUAGACAAUGUUAUUUAAAAGUUGCCAUGGUGUAUCGCUGCCAAUAUUGUGGAUAUUAAAAGUCUACACACCCCUGUUAAAAUGCCAAGUUUUUGUGAUGUAAAAGAAUGAGACAAAGAUAA